AUGUCCAAAACAAUCGAGUUCAACAUCUUCAAAGGCUCCUCAACUGGGGACAUCAUCCCGGACACGGUGCGGCGCACCAUCCAGCCCUUCGAGGUAUUUGUUGAGAUCUCGCACGCGGGCCUCUGCAGCACGGAUCGGCUCUUCAAGAACAAGAGCGUCGCGCUCGGCCACGAGGGCGCCGGCACCGUCCGGGACGUCGGAAGCGCGGUGUGCAACUUCAAGGUCGGCGAUAAGGUGGGUUUCGGCUGGGGGCAUAAGGUAUGCGGGGACUGCGACUUUUGCAUCGGCGGCUGCGAUCAGUACUGCGAGCAUCGCGAGCAGUACAGCAAGGAGAACACGGAGAUCGGCACGUUCGCGACGCACGCCGUGUGGGACGAGAGUAUGCUCAUCAAGCUGCCUGCGGAGCUGGAGCCCGAGUACGCCGCGCCGCUGAUGUGCGGCGGGGCCACGGUGUGGUGCGCGUUGACGUGCUACGAUCUCAAGCCCGGGGAUCGGAUCGGCGUGCAGGGGAUUGGAGGCCUGGGACACAUGGCGAUCCAGUUCGCGUCGAAGAUGGGGUAUGAGGUGGUUUGUCUUGCCGACUGCGCCACGAAGAAGGACGAGGCGAUUGGGUUGGGCGCGAACGAGUUUCAUGUUGUCGAGGAGAAUGCCCCGAAAGGCGCAGUACAGCCUGUCAAGCACCUGCUGUGGUGCGUGGAUGAGGCUCCUGAUUUCUCCAAGAUCAUGCCCAUGGUGUGUUGCGAUGGCACCAUUCAUGUGCUGACGGCGAGCACGCAGCAACCCCCGCUGCCCAUCACGGAUCUCAUCUCGAACGGGAUCCGCGUUCAAGGCUCUGCGGGGGCGCCGCGGGUGGCAGUCCGCAAGAUGCUGCGGUUUGUAUCGCUGCAUAGGAUACGCCCGAUCAUCAUGUCAUGGCCCAUGACGCGGGAUGGCAUCCAGGCGGCAUUCCAGACCCUGGAGCAGGGCAAGAUGCGGUACCGUGGAGUGAUCGUGGGGCAGAGGCAUCUGAUGGGGAAGCCAGCGGUAGAGAGGAUGGCUUGA